AUGGUCCAGCGGCGGGGAGGCGGCGGAAAGGAUGGGGCAACGGGAAUGGCAGAGGAGGCGCACGUGCCGCUGCAAGCCAUCCUAUUGGCUGACAGCUUCGCGCAGACAUUCCGACCAAUCACGCUGCGCAAACCCAAGGUGGGCGCGCACGGCUACUUAGAUGCGACGCUGCGGCUGGCGCGCGGGGCAAUGGUGGACUGCAUACCGCUCGGCUCAAAUAGCCAAUCGCCCGUUGCAAUGCCGCACAACGCCGCUCCCUCUCCACCCCACACCCUCACACCUCACUUCCUGCUGCACGCAGGUGCUGCUACCCGUGUCUGGCGCGCUCAUGGUGCUGCUGCCGGUAGCGGGCGCAGCAAUGGUGGACUACACGCUCGGCUCGAACAGUCCCAUCUCCCCCCUCCACAACCUCCCCUUCUCCCCUACUGCCGCGCGCAGGUGCUGCUGCCAGUGGCAGGAGCGGCAAUGGUGGACUACACGCUCGAGUCAAAUAGUUCCCUCUCCCCCUUCCAACCCCCCCUCCAUCCGUGCCGCGCGCAGGUGCUGCUACCAGUGGCGGGCGCGGCCAUGGUGGACUACACGCUCGAGUGGCUCGCCAUGGCGGGUGUCGAAGAGACCUUCGUCUUCUGCUGCGCGCACUCCCAACAGGUGCGCCACUCCCCCCAGGUGCGCCACUCCCCCCAGGUGCGCCACUCCCCCCAGGUGCGCCACUCCCCCCAGGUGCGCCACUCCCCCCAGGUGCGCCACUCCCCCCAGGUGCGCCACUCCCCCCAGGUGCGCCACUCCCCCCAGGUGCGCCACUCCCCCCAGGUGCGCCUCUUCCCCCAGGUGACCUGCAUUGACCUCAAGAUCCGAGCGCACCUGGAGGAUGCCGGCUGGAUGCGCCCCUCCUCCUCCUCGCACCAUCAGGGGGGCGGCGGGCAGCGGCACGGCAUGCGGGUGUCAACGGUGGUGGCACAUGACUGUGUGAGCGUGGGGGACGCACUCCGACACAUGGAUCACAAGGGCGUGAUCCGCGGGGAUUUUAUUCUGGUGAGCGGGGACGUGAUCGCCAACGUCUCGCUCACCCACGCGCUGCACGCCCACAGGGAGAGGAGGCGCAAGGACAAGCAGGCAGUGAUGACCAUGCUGCUCACGCACUGCCCCUCCAACCCCCUCACCCACCUCACGCGCACGGGCAGCGAGUCACAAGUGUUUGGCAUCUGCCCGGACUCCAACCAGCUGCUCUUCUACGAGCCGCCGCCCGACCCCCUCUCCUCCACGGGCACGGGCAAGCUCGCAGCUUUAGCAGGUGGACGGCGUAGCUUGGCAGUAUCUGUGGAGCGGGCAGUGUGGCAGGGGCACAGACGGCUGGCACUGCGCACGGACCUGGAGGUGAUGCUCGCUCUCGACAGUGGCAUCGACAUCUGUGCGCCGGAGGUGCUGUACCUGUACACGGACAACUUUGACUACCAGCACCCCCGGCGAGACUUCCUGCGCGGCAUCCUCAAUGAUGACGUGAGCAUUCUCAAUGAUGACGUGAGCAUUCUCAAUGAUGACUGGGGCCCUCACGGGUCCCCACCCCAGGGCGGGCUGAAUUCAUUGGCAGCCGCGUUGACCCUCCAAGCUCGCACCAAUCCAUUUCCUCUUGCCCCCCUACCCCCUGCCCCAUUUCCCCAUUGCGUUAUCCCUUCUCUCCCUUGUCCCGUCGCCCCUUCCCGCUUCGUUCCCCCCCCCACUGUGUUGAUCAAUCAGAUCAUGGGAAACAAGAUCUUCACGCACGAGAUCAAAUCGCAGUAUGCCGCCCGCAUAGACACGCUGCGGGCGUACGCGGCGGUGUCAAGGGACGUGCUGCGGCGCUGGGCCUUCCCCCUCGCGCCCGACUGCGCCUUCGGGGCCCACAGCGGCCGCACCGCUGUCACCCGAGGCAACCGGUACCGCGAGGAAGCGCUCUGUGCCGGGGUCGCACUGUUUGACACCCGUUUCUCUCUCGCUCUCUCUUUCCUGCACUGCCCGCACCCUCUCCUCCCCUCCACGCCCCCUUGUCCCCCCUCUUCCCCCAUGCCCCCCUGUCCGUCUGCAGCGGUGUCAGUGGCGCGGUCAGCAGUGAUAGGGCCGGACACGCUGCUGGGGGAGGGAACAGUGGUGGCGGAGAGGGCGGUGGUGCGCGGGUCAGUGCUGGGCGCGCACUGCCUGGUGGGCGAGGGGGCCGUGGUGGACGGCAGCUUCCUGUGGGGCGGCGUCACGGUGGGCGCGGGCGCCGUGGUGCGGCAUGCAGUGCUGUGUGACGGCGUGCAGGUCAUGGCGGAGGGGACUGUGCACCCCGGCUCCGUGCUCUCUUUCGAUGUGGUGGUGGCAGCCAAUCACGUGGUGCCAGCUGGCACGCGCAUAGCGAGGGAGCAGCAGCCGGAGGAGGAGGGCAGCGAUGAUGAGAACACAGAGGGGCAUGGCAUGGCCCCGCCUGCAGUGCGAAGGAAGCAGGGCAAGCAAGGUGACGAGGAGGAUGAGGAUGAUGAGGAGGAAGAGGAUGAGGGAGAGGAAGAUGAGGAGGAGGGAGAGGAGGAGAAGCAGGAGCUAUCAGAUGAAGACGAGGGGCCAUGUGAUGUGCAAGCUGUGAGUGCCAUCUGUGAGUGCCAUGUGAUGUGCAAGCGCUGUGAGUGCCAUGUGAUGUGCAACCGCUGUGAGUGCCAUGUGAUGUGCAAGCGCUGUGAGUGCCAUGUGAUGUGCAAGCGCUGUGAGUGCCAUGUGAUGUGCAACCGCUGUGAGUGCCAUGUGAUGUGCAAGCGCUGUGAGUGCCAUGUGAUGUGCAAGCGCUGUGAGUGCCAUGUGAUGUGCAAGCGCUGUGAGUGCCAUGUGAUGUGCAAGCGCUGUGAGUGCCAUGUGAUGUGCAAGCGCUGUGAGUGCCAUGUGGGCGAGGGCGGGAGGGGCUUCGCCUGGCCGCCCAGAACCCCCGCUGCAGCAGCCGUGGUGCGGCGGCAGUCGCUCGCACCAAUCACAGCGCUCGAACUUGCUGAGCUGGCAAGACUGGCGAUUGGACGGGAGGAGGGCGAGGGGGAGGAGGGGGAGGAGGAAUCAGGAAGGGAAGGAGGGGCGGCCUUGGUGGGAGGGGAGGAGGAGGAAGAGGAAGACGAGGAGGAGGAGGAUGGGGAGGACGAGUUUAGCAAAGAGGUGAGCUGUGUGGGAUGGAGGGGUGGAGGGAAGGGUGGAGGAGGGGAUGUAGGGGAGAGAAGAUGGGGUGAGGGCUGGGAGGGAUGGGACACGAGGGUGGCAGGGCGAUGGAGAGGGGAGAAGGGAGGAAAAUGCAAUGAGGGAGGGAAGCGCGAGAGAGGGUGCAAGGCACGUGCAAUGCAUGCGCACUGGGGGUUGGUGGAGGAGAUGUUCAAGCGGGCCGUGGCGGAGGGGGUGGCGCAAGACAAUGUGGUGCUGGAAGUCAACGCGCUCAAGCUGGCAUACAACCGGUCCUUUGCGGACUGUGCGGGGGCCAUGUUCCGAGGCAUGCUCAACCUCGCCGCCUCACAAGCCGCCCCCGGGGCACCCACCAAGGAGCUGCUGGCGUCCACACGUGCCGUGGUGACUCGGUGGACGUCGCUUCUGAGAAGGUUCCUCAAGGGCACGGACGACGAGGUGGAGGUGCUGCUGACAUUCGAGGAGGUGUGCAACGAGUCCCGCCCCGAGUUCGCGCCCAUAUUUGUCAAUGUGCUAGAGGCGCUGUACGACAGGGACAUAGUGAGCGAGGAGGCCGUCAUGGCGUGGGCCGAUGAGAAGCAGUUCGCCGACGCCGCUGACAAGGUGUUUGUCGAGCGAUCCGCCGCGUUCAUCAAGUGUGAGUGUGGGUGGGACUGGGGCAGUGUGAGUGUGGGUGGGACUGGGGCAGUUGUGAGUGUGUGUGUGGGACUGGACUGGGGCAGUGUGAGUGUGGGUGGGACUGGGGCAGUUGUGAGUGUGUGUGUGGGACUGGGCAGUGUGAGUGUGUGUGUGGGACUCGGGCAGUGUGAGUGUGGGUGGGACUGGGGCAGUGUGAGUGUGUGUGUGGGACUGGGGCAGUGUGAGUGUGUGUGUGGGACUGGUGCAGUGUGA